AUGUUGAGGCCUUCACACAUUGAAUUUGCACAGCUUGUACAUGAAGGACACUACUGCGAUAGUCGAAUAGUUACAUUGAAGGAUAUCGGCCAUGCUUUAUGUCGAGAAUUCCUUCACUGACAUCUUAUCAGCAGCAUUAGAUGAGUCUGGAAUCUUGGGAGACUUUGAUGACUUUGAUGAACCAGUUGCCGAACAACCUGUCAAUAAUGUAACAUAUCAAGUAGUUCCAAAGAACCAAUCAAUCACAGUACCAGUGACAUCAUGGAAUGGGAACGCAGUUUCUCACAACCGGGUGGGACAGCCAGCCGUGUUCUCUCAUGCUUUAAAACAGCUGGCAUCUACAUCACAAGUUAUUCCAACUGUUGGGACCCUACCUAGUCAGGUUGGAAAUGUUCAUCAGAAAGUUGCCCUUCAAUCUACGCUGGGCAGGUCAGCCUCCUCCCCUGCAAUGAUACGUAUACCCAAGUCCAGCAUUCAGAAUUCUGCGGCUCAUUCAAACACCAUUCCAAUAAGCAUACAGCAAGCAGCCAAUGCUGCAUCUGGAAACACCACACCGCGUAUCAUCAAAAUCACACGAGUUGGAGGAGCACAGGGUGCAAUCAAACUACCCCAACACAGUGGGGCAAUUACCCUAGGAAGCCUGGCAGGGGGAUCCUUAGCAGGCAAGAAAAUCAUCAUCAAAAGAGCUGUGUCAGGUGCAGGAUUGCCAAACAUUGGUGGCCCUAAUGUGGGUGGACAGGGUGUUGUUGGAACAGUUCGAGGGGUUCCAAAUAUUGGGGAACUGAUCCCACGCAAUCACACAGGAGUGACAACCCACAUACAGCAACGUCCAUUCUCACCGCAGCUACAAGCUGCCAACUCCCAAAUACAGAUUGUGAGUCAAUCCAGUACAACUGAAAGGUCAUUACAGAAUAAUGCAGUGUCAUUACUCCAGCGUAGUGGAGACUCGCUACUCAUUCCAAGGACAACCAGUGUUAUACAUGUGCCAACUAUUGUCAACACAGCUGCCUCCUUUCCGAAGAACAGUAUUGUUGUCAACUCCAGUGGAAUAAGUACUGCCUCAACAGGGACCACUGUUGCUAAUAUAAAAACUACCUUGUCACAUAAAGAUGUAUCUAGAAUGUGGUCCAAUGAGGAUGUUAAGAUGAAAAACUUUUCUACCCCAGUCAUGAAAAACAUGGGUGGUGGUUUGCAGCAUAGCCUAGCUGGAAUGAGUGCCCCUUCAGUGUUGGAAGAUGAGGAAGUGGAGGAUGAGGUGGAGGAACUUGGACAUGCAGAGACCUAUGCCGACUACAUGCCUAGUAAAUUGAAGGUGGGUGUUAAACACCCAGACCCAGUGGUGGAGACCAACUCCCUAUCCAGUGUCGAGUCCUCGGACAUCUGGUACAAGCUGUCCCUUCCUGACAGUACCAUUGACUAUGGUGACCUGUCUGCCCUACAGCUGGAGGCCAUUGUGUAUGCCUCACAGCGACAUGACUUGAUCCUACCUUGUGGGGACCGAGGUGGAUUCCUUAUAGGUGAUGGUGCUGGUGUUGGAAAAGGACGAACUAUUGCAGGAAUUAUUUACGAGAACUACAUUCAGGGGAAGAAAAGAGCACUAUGGCUGAGUGUGUCUAAUGACUUGAAAAUCGAUGCUGAGCGAGACCUGAAGGACAUCGGAGCGGGAAGAAUAGAAGUUCAUGCCUUAAACAAGUUUAAAUAUGCCAAGAUCUCUUCAAAAGAAAAUGGGAGUGUCAAGAAGGGUGUAAUCUUUGCUACAUACUCUUCCCUUAUUGGAGAAAGCCAGUCUGGUGGCAAGUACAAGACGAGGCUGAAACAGCUGCUCAAGUGGUGUGGCAAGGACUUCGAUGGUUGUAUUAUAUUUGAUGAAUGUCACAAAGCUAAGAAUCUGUGUCCUGUGGGGAGUAGUAAACCUACGAAGACAGGACAGACAGUGCUGGAGUUACAGAAUCGUCUUCCCAUGGCACGCAUUGUGUACGCCAGUGCCACAGGUGCUUCUGAACCCAAGAACAUGGCAUACAUGACAAGACUAGGUCUGUGGGGACAAGGCACCCCUUUUCCUGUGUUCAAUGAUUUCAUUCAAGCUGUGGAGCGCAGGGGUGUUGGUGCGAUGGAGCUGGUUGCCAUGGACAUGAAGCUACGUGGCAUGUACAUUGCUAGGCAACUAAGCUUCAAGGGAGUGUCUUUCAAAAUUGAGGAAAUUCCUCUAGAGAAGGAAUUUGAGGAAGUGUACAAUGAUGCUGUGAAGAUGUGGGUUGUGGCUAGAGACAGAUUCCAGAAAGCUGCAGAGCUGAUAGAUGCUGAGCAGAGAAUGAAGAAGACAAUGUGGGGGCAGUUCUGGUCAGCACAUCAGCGAUUUUUUAAAUACCUGUGUAUAUCAGCGAAGGUCAAUCAUUGUGUCCGCUUGGCCAGAGACGCUGUCAGAAAUGGCAAGUGUGUUGUGAUUGGUCUGCAGUCGACUGGAGAAGCCAGGACACUGGAACAGUUAGAGGAAAACGGAGGAGAGCUCAAUGACUUUGUGUCCACAACAAAGGGUGUUUUUCAAACACUAGUAGAUAAACAUUUCCCAGCACCUGAUCGACGAAAAACAUUUGACAUUUUUGGAAUCGGUGGAUACCCCAGUUUCCUUGACAACAGUAACCCACCUACACCAGAAAAUGGCAACAACAAAAAAAGGAAAAAAGACCAAAAGUCUUCCAAAAGUGCAAAGAAGCAGAGAGGUAAUGGUAGCUCAAGUGAUUCUGACGACAGUGACUCGGACUGGUUGAAGUCUGACUCUGAUGCCAGUAGUGUAGACUUUGGAGCUGACAGUAAUUCAGAGUCAGAUGGGGAAAUAGACAACUUCAAUCCAUUUGGCAGUGGAUCAGAUAGUGAUGAUGAUCCUUGGUUAAAAAAGAAGAAUAAAGGGAACAAUAAAAAGAAACCAAAAAAAACAAAGAAGAAAAAAAAGAAACAGAAAGAAAAGGACGAAGAUGAAGAAUUUGACAAACAGUUGGCAGCCGCUGGGCUCAUGAAGAAAAACCAUAGUACCAAAGAAAAUAUCAACAACCUGGGCAAUAAUAACACAACCCAUAAUACUUCUAACCAACCAGUGCUGGGGAUGGACAGUGUGGAGAGAGCUGUGUCUAUGAAAAGAGAACUCCUGGAUAUGUUGGAGGAGAUAGGAGACAGCCUGCCUCCAAACUUACUAGACCACCUUAUAGAUGAACUCGGAGGCAAAGAAAAUGUGGCAGAGAUGACAGGAAGGAAGGGGCGUGUCGUAAGUACUGAUGAGGGCAUUAGCUACGAGUCCCGCAGUGCCUCGGACGUACCACUUGAAUACCUGAACCUUACAGAGAAACAGAGGUUUAUGGACGGUGAAAAGGAUAUAGCCAUAAUCUCGGAGGCAGCUAGUUCCGGUAUCUCUCUCCAGGCUGACAGACGAGCUAUCAAUCAAAAGAGGCGUGUCCAUAUCACAUUGGAAUUGCCUUGGAGUGCAGACAGAGCCAUACAGCAGUUCGGUCGUACCCACAGAUCCAACCAAGUGCAUGCCCCCGAGUAUCUGUUUCUCAUCUCGGAACUUGCAGGAGAACAGAGAUUUGCUUCCACUGUGGCCAAACGCCUGGAAAGCUUGGGAGCACUCACACAUGGGGACAGAAGAGCAACAGAAUCCCGGGAUCUCAGUCGCUUUAAUAUCGACAACAAGUAUGGGCGUGUUGCCUUGGAGAAUGUGAUGAAGUCUUCAUUAGGAUUUGAGAGUCCUCUGGUCGCCUCUCCUUCUGAUUAUGAGGGAGAUUUUAAUGCAGGUGUUAGGAAGGGUCUCAUUGGAGUUGGCAUGGUUACUGUAGAUGAAAGAAUUAAUGUUCCAAUUUUAGAAAAAGAUUACAACAAUAUUAGCAAAUUCCUGAACAGGAUACUCGGUAUGGAGGUUGCUUUACAGAAUGCUCUGUUCAAGCAUUUCUCCCAGACCCUAAUGGCCAUCAUCUUGGAGGCCAAGAGGAAUGGAAGAUGGGACAUGGGCAUUCUCGAUCUUGGUUCCGGAGGAGAAAGUGUGAAGAAGCUGGAGUCGAGGGUGUUUGUAGGGAACACAGCCACAAACACCGCCAGGACAGAACUCACCACAUUUUCUGUGGAGAGGGGUAUGUCGUGGACAGGGGCCUCUGAGAUCUGGAGGAAAUACACAGGUUCAGAGGAUGGAUUUUACGUCUCAACACAGGAGAGAAGCAUGAAGAAGACAGCGGUCCUGGCAGUGUACUACGGCCUGAGUAAGAAGAAGGAGAAAAUGUACAAUGUAUACCGUCCAAACACUGGCAGACAGGUCCAUACAGAUUCCUUGACAAAUCUCAAGAAAAAGUACAAAAAGGUACUGCCAGAUGUUGCCAGGCCUAUAUGGGAUGACCAGUUCAACUUAUCCGCAACAAUUUGUAGUCAUGCAUAUUGGAAGGGCAACUGUAAAAAGGUGAGCCUGGGCCUGCCAUGUGAGGUGGGACUCAGGAGUCGAACAUUCCAUGUACUUAGCGGGUCAGUUCUCAGUGUCUGGAGCAAGGUAGAGGGCGUCCUUGCUUCAAUGCCAGGGGGAGCUAACUCAAAGAUGCAAAUCAUACGUCUACGGACAGACAGUGGCCAAAGAAUUGUUGGUAGCCUUAUUCCAAAUAACUGUGUCCUUCCCUUAUGCAACAUUCUGUCUCAGGACUGUAAACAGACAUACAUAGAAAAGCACCCUGUACAAGAAGAGGACUCAUCUCAUCUCAGCAUGCCUCUUCUCUUCUAGACCUGGAGUGUUGCAGGGCUCCAUACAUACUUUCAUCAGUGUCCAGAUAAUCAACAAAACUCCCUCUAUUUGACUUGUGAACAAAAACACUUCUGUAAGAUUUCUUUAAAAUUGUUAAUUACCAGUUUUUGAAAUGGUCUGUACAGACUCCUUGUACACAAAUCCAGUCAUUGUCAAUUGCUUGUGUACAGUUCAUCCAGAGAUUUUAAGAAACAGGAGAUGAUCGUACUUUCCAACCUCCACCAUUGAAGAAUUCUACCGUACUUAUUGGAUUUAUAACAUUCUGACUGUAUGUUUACCGACUGUAGAGUAUCUUUUCAAUAUAAGUACAGCUGCUGUGUACUUGAGUACUGUGUACCGUGCAGCACCUGAGAAGUGUCUGCAGUAUCGCUGGAGGUCUGCAGUAUCACUGGAGGUCUGCAGUAUCACUGGAGGUCUGCAGUAUCACUGGAGGUCUGCAGUAUCCCUGGAGGUCUGCAGUAUCGCUGGAGGUCUGCAGCUCCAGGAUAGACAACUCUUUUGAAGGGAGUAAAUGCAGAUCAGUGAUAAACAAAAAAUACUAUUAUUGAAUGAAUACUGGAAAGACUUUCAUGGAAAUAGUACCCGAUAUAUUUUGCAAUAAUUUAAUUAUUAUCAUUAAUUUAAUGUAUAAUCCUCCAUCGCUUGUGUGUAGCUUUUGAGCUUGCCAUUGCAGUCAAACUGCCUUGCAUAAAGUGUUCAUUUUUUAAUUGUUUCGUGUCUGCAGUCAGUACACCAUGUGUUCAAUCUACUGUAUACCAGUCUUGUUAAUUUUUUUAUGGAAGUUUGAUGAUAAAACAUCCUUGGUUGUGACCUAUUCUUUCUAAUUUGCAGUCAUUCGCUUACAACUGUCCAUACAUAAGUAUAUUUAACCCUUUAAGUGUUAAUAGCAGAUAUAUGGCCAUAAGUCUGUGGCCACCACUGCUAUUUAUAAUUUAGCACUCUAGGGGUUGAGUUUGAAUCAAUUAUUUCCCCGUAACUAGUGUCUGUAAUGUUAAAGUUUAGCAAUUUAUCAGCUGGGUGGGUGCUAAAAAAAAUCUCUAAAUUUUGAUGAUCAUGCUUAUUUUGCAAACUUUUGAUUUUAACCUCAAAGCUUUGUGAAAGGUCUGUAACACAAAUUUUCCCAAUGCUCUCUAAUAGUAAGACACAAUUGGAUGGACUCUUUCGAGGACUUCAGGAUUCUGCAACUGGUGUCUGUAAAAAAACUGCUUUAACCAGACACCACAUGAUAUUAUUGACAAUAUUGAUAUUUUUUUAUAACCAUGUGUUGCAUCAUAUAAAACAUCAAAGUGUUUGAACAAAUGUAAGAUGAUUUCAUUGUUUAGGGAUUGUUUUAUACCUGUGAUUAUCGGAAUAUAUUUUAAUUUGGAUUGGUGUUAUGUCCGUGGCAAUUGUACAGGAGAGCUACUCAAUUAAGAAAUAGGGUUGGACUGGAAGGCCUGAUAAAACAAAAACUUUUUGUCACAAAGGUUUCAAUAUUGCAGGUCCACUUCAAUGUAUUCCCAAAGAUCAUUACAGGUGGAUGGACCUUUCCAGCUACAUGGACAGAACAGACUUGGGCAUACACAUGUAUAGGGAUACAACCUAUGUAUUCCUCAGCUUUUCAGUCGUACAUAUUUUGUUCAUAUGUACCUUUAAUGUUUCACGUUUCUACAUCCAUAUAUAUCUACAUGGCAAAUCCAUUCUCUUUAGCGGACCAUGAACUCGUGUAUGUGUACAAAGAAAAGGGAGAGCUUUGAUUUUAAAUUUGGUAAAGCUUUCCUGUUUCAUGAAUAUGGGUUUAAGAAAGGAGUUUCAUUAUUUUGAAUAAU